CAGGCUAAAAUGCAGCGAGUGGCCACUGUCCCACACUUGACUUUCUGCAAAAGAGGCCUGCAUAGCUGCUGACCAGCUGUGGGGGUGCAGGCAAGAGCGUGAUGGCACUCCUGGCCUUGCAGCUGGUGGGGCUGGCGCUGUCAAUCUUGGGCUGCCUGGGCGCCAUCUUGGCCUGCGCCUUGCCCAUGUGGAAAGUGACAGCCUUCAUUGGCUCCAACAUCAUCGUGGCCCAGGUCUUCUGGGAGGGCCUGUGGAUGACCUGCGUCUACGAGAGCACCGGCCAAAUGCAAUGCAAGGUCUACGACUCCCUGCUCGACCUCCCCGCGGACCUGCAGGCUGCCCGUGCCCUGGUGGUAGUCUCCAUCGCCGUCUCCGCCCUGGCCCUCCUCGUCGCCAUCUCCGGAGCAGAGUGCACGCACUGCGUGGACGACCAAGGGGCCAAGGCCAAAGUCUCAGUGGUGGCUGGUGUGGGGUUCAUCUUGGCAGGACUGGCUCUUCUCAUCCCGGUCUCCUGGUCAGCCAGCACCAUCGUCAGCAAUUUCUACAACCCUCUGGUCCCCGAGGCCCUGAAGCGAGAGCUGGGCGUGUCGCUCUAUGUGGGCUGGGGGGCCAGCGCCCUCUUGGUGUUUGGGGGGGCUACGCUCUGCUGCCACUUCCCACGGAGGGAGGGCACCAGACCUUACCCGGUGAGAUAUUGGGCAGGGAGGCACCCCGCCCCGGGUAGCUAUGCCCGGAAGGACUACGUCUGACUGCUUUGGGACCACCACUCUUCUCCUCCUGUCUCAAGAGCGGGAAGAAGAUCUCUAACUUCUCCAGGACUUCAACACGGAGACAAAGUUGUGUGAUGUUGUCAGCCCCCCUCUUCCCACUC